UCUUCCUGCAUCAAGCGGUGCAAUUCAUUAAUCAACGAACGAAAGAUCCCCAUGUGGCGGCAAAAACAAAUAAAUAAACAAAUUCACCGGAUUGCGAUAUUUUAAGCAACUUAAUUUUUCGCCGCCUUCCUUCCAAAUCCUCGUCGAGAAGGCUAUAGGGCGGUGCUUCUGUUCUCUCCUAGGGUUUUUAGAUUGCCAAUUUCGCAUCGUUGCGAUCGGAUCACCGGGAUUUUGAAGUUUUCUUCGUAUGAUUGCUUCGCCGGAAUCAUGAGAGCUCGCCUGGUGGUAUUCCCGGUCAAAGGGAGGAACUGGUGCUUCACCCGAUCCCUGGACUCCGUCUCCGGCCCCGAAUCCUCGUCGCCGUCUCCUGCAUUGAAGGAUCUCUGGAGAAAGAUCUCCACCCAUGGCCGUCCGGCGCAGGAGAAAGCUGAGAUCGUCGCCGACUUCGUAGCAGAUAAAAUGAAUCGAGCUUGGAUUGGUCUCGAGAAGGCUCCUGCUGGGACAUUCAAGAGUAAAAUCCACAGUCUGGGAUUGCGGCUGUUGUCGCGAGUGAAGCCGUCUGAAAUAUUCUUGAAGUCAGUUACUAAGGACAUUACCGAGGUUGAAAUUACUUACCCCUCGAGCAUUAAAUAUCAAAGCCAGUUUGAGCUCCUUUGCCAAAGUUUAAAUCCUCGUCUAGUACGGCGAAGAGUACGACACAUAGCUAUGAGGGGAGCUGCAAUUCACAAGAGAUAUUUUUAUGGUUCAGUUGCCUUGCUUCCAUUUACAACUGUUUUAGCUGUCUUACCAUUGCCAAACAUACCUUUUUUCUGGAUCUUGUUCCGUGCAUAUUCUCAUUGGAGAGCUCUCAAGGGAAGUGAGAGGCUUCUAUUAUUAGUUUCAGACUGUUCAAGAUCAUGGAAUUUGCUUAGGGGCAGUGGGAAGGAAAAUGGGUCUAUGGAAGAUUCCAAUCAUAGUCCAGACAAUGGGCGUUCCAAUCAUAGUCCAGACAGUGCACCUGAGUCUCCAUGGGUUUUAAAGCCCUCUGAUGACCUCGAGAGACUUGUUCAGAGAGAUACAGAGGAUGGUUGUGUCAGUUGUUGCACAAUCUCCAGCAUCAGCAAGGAAUAUGACCUAAACAAGAAGGAUAUAUUAAAGUUCAAGGAUUUCCAGUAGUUUGUUUCUCGGACACACUGUAGCUGAAUACAAGUUUUAGCCUAGAUGUUGAGUUGCCCAACACCUAUUUCAUCAGACCAAGCCAAAGAUGAGAUGGGAGCAAGAGAGUUGGCAUAGAGCAUGCAUGUGCAGGGACAAGCUCAGUGAUUGUUUUUUUUUUUGAUUACAUGAAAAUGUUCAUCAUAGUUGUAAGAACAAACAAGACAUUUACUUUUUUUUUUACUUGAUUUUUCUAUUUGUUCAUAAUUUUUGGUUUAGAAACUAUUGGGAGGUUCUGCAAAAUGUUUUCUUCUUGUAAUAAGUUCUCUUCUAGAACAUUUUACUCGGGAAGUGAUUAAAUUUCAUAAUCACUUUGUAAAUAAUAAGCAUAACUUUUUUGCUUGUGGCAUUUAACGGUUAAUACCAGGUAAUCCUUUUGAUUGAGGUGAAAGUUGAAACAACCAAUGAAUAUUGGCACUCCGUGGACUUGCAGAGUGCUGCCUUGUGGUUACCAUGGAAAAACACGUGAUGAUAUAUAAAUUACAUCAUAUGGUUUUGAGAUACUGCAGCUACGACAUGCAAGUAUCAA